AGCGCUCAGCAGCACACAGUGGAUAUACGUGCGGCGGCUUGAAAGAGACACGCAAGACAAAAGAGCUUCUUUACAAGAACAUCAUCGAUUUCACGAUGGCCGAACACAUGAUGAUGCCCAUGACCCACAGCUCCGCCGGCGGAGGCCUGCACGGGUAUCGCAUGGGAAUGAACGGCCCUUCCCCACACGGACCCCAAGCCGGCCUGCGGACACUUCCCAACGGGCAGCUCAUGCACUACAGCAGGGGCCCUCAGAGCUCCAUGGAGGCGGUCAUGAGGCAGAGGAAUGUGAUGAACGGCGUCAUGAACGGUCACAUCAAUGGCCAGAUGGGCGGUGGACACCCCCACCAAAUGCAGCAAGCCAACAUGAUGUAUGGGGCGCCGAAUCCGCAGCAGCAUCAGCAGCAGCCGCAGCAGCAGGGACAUCCUCAGCCCCAACAUCAUCACAUGCACCAGAACCCACAGCAGUACAUGGGCGGAGGAGGUCUCACGGCAUCUCAACAGCUCAUGGCUAGCAUGCAUCUUCAGAAACUCAACACCCAGUACCACGUGCACCCGCACGGGCCCAUCAACGGGCACCACAUGGGAAACGUCCAGCACAGAAUGAGUCCCGCUCAGUUGGCGGGCAUGCAGAUGGGGAUGGGUGGCCCGGCGCUGGGCCUCAACGUCAUGGACAUGGACUUGAUUGAUGAGGAGGUUCUAACGUCCUUAGUGCUGGAGCUGGGCUUGGACCGCAUCCAAGAACUGCCUGAGCUUUUUCUAGGACAAAAUGAGUUUGACUUUUUCUCGGACUUUGUGUGCAAGCAGCAGCCCAGUACUGUCAGCUGCUGAAAGGACGGCCGGAGGUUCUGGUCCCUCGAGCAGAGAAAGGCUUCGAUCACCAAGACAAUGUCAGAAUUCAGCGUAUCUCUGCAUGUCUGUGAAGCUGUGCUAUGCGUAUUGUACGUAGUGCACACUGACCUGACCUGUUUGCUCUUAAAGAACACUUGGCAACAAUUUUUAAGAAGAAGUACUGGGUACCAAGAUCGGCCAGGUGAAGUGUGGCUUUGACGUGUUGUCCCUUCAGGUUGAUGUCGACCGAUUGCCGCGGGGUCGAAUGUACAUUCACACGGUGGAAAAAGAAGUCCGCGUUGAACGACGGAGAUACCGCUUUCCCCCCUAAGUGGCAGUUGGAAUCGAUAGCAUUUAGAAAUGUAUUUAUGUAUGAUGCCUACCAAAAAGCUGACGCGAUGCAGAAACCUGCCUUUUGUCAAACUAACCCCAAGACUUUAAAAAUGAUGUUUGUGUGGGUAAUGAAGGCUGGUACUUCAAAAUAGGUGAAGCUGGCUUUAAAAAAGAGCUCUUAGUGAUGUCUGAAAUGGUAAACGGGAUGAUGAUGUUUCUUUUGUUCUGCCUGUAGUCAAUUCAACACUCACGUGUCCUAUAUUCUGGGGUAUAUAUUUCUGAGUAAAUGUUGAGUCUGAUCUCCUUGCACAUGAGUCAGAACUGUAGAACUGCCUUAUAGUGUCUUACACCAUACUGAUACUGCUAACUACUCACCGUAGACACUCUUACCUCCAACCAUGAAUACAGGAUUCUUGUUUUUGUACGAUUUAAAGAGAAAAAGAAGACAUUCGCUCAUAUGUUCUCGGGACCUCAGUUCUCAUCAGACCACACGUGUGACUUCACUUGCGUCUAAAUCAUCUCGAAUGUCAACUUUGCUCAACUGUCGUUUGAUGCUCACUGUUGUACCAAUUUCUUGAUUUGUCAGGUCAUGUCUGAUGGUCCAAUAAUUACAAAAUGGACUUUUUGUUUAUUGUGUUGUGGUGGGGUGAGGAGUUUGAGAACUUCCUGUGGUGUUGUGUUGGUAGUUUGUUCUGUUCAGGACUCUGUGGGGGUUGGGUUGGUAUAGAAAUAGCACAGCAUACAGUACUAGUAGGUUAAUCUGUUCCAUCAGAGCUAGAGCCCCAGGCUGGCUCGUUUCUGUAAGUACAGCAUCAGACGUGUGCACAAUGGCCACCGAAAGGGAAAAAAAGCACAAACAAGGAAACGGAGAGAACCAAACGGAUCAGAUCUUGUGUUCUCUAACUCUAAUUUGUUUAGGGCUUUAUAACAUAAUGAAGGGAUAUUAAGCUUAUCACAUUGAUUCAGUUUGUUGUAUUUUCGGUAUCUGUAGAGACUACACUGUCUUCCCCUUUCUGUGUUCUUUUAUUUGCCGAGCUUGGAAAUUUGAAAAAUGGCAUCGUGUAUCAGGAAAAAGGGUUUUUUUGUUAAAGGAGGAAUGUUUGAAAUGUUGACUCUCGUAACCCUCCCCACAGACCAGUUCCGAGUGUCAGCAGCCGGUUGGUUUUGUCUGGAAAGUAAUGAGAUUGUAUGUUCUCUUCCAAAUGGUUUGCUGUUAUUUACUGUUGCUGUUCUCCCUCAAAUGCUUUUUAAAUGUUGUUGAUUCUAUGUUAAGAAAAUGUAUUUAUUUUCAUUGAAAAUAAAAUAUUUAUUUAAAAAAAGUCAA